UUCGACAAGAAAUUUCUCAAAAUAAUGGUUUUCUUUUUGAAAAUAUCGUAAAAUUAGUAGAUUCUGGAUCAGAAGAAUUAUCAUCACUUGAAAUUCCAGAAACAAGUGAAAUGAGCAGUUAUCGUGUCAACAUUCGAGAUCUCGGUGUCAAAAUGGAAAAAAGCGAUAUUAUAGUUAAAAAUGGAAAACGAAUUUCAGAAGUGCUUUUUGGGUUAGAUAAAGAAAUUCAAGCAACUGGUGACGAACUUGAAGAAUUUCGACAUCAAGCGAAAGGCUUUUUAUUUUCACUUGCAAGUGAGAUGAAAGCAAUCACGCAAGAAAUUGAAAAAUCGCAGUGGUUAGAAUAUGUGUUAGAAAAACAGAUACCGGGAUUUCAGGAACAGCUUAAGAAAGUUAUUACUGCUAUUUAUUCGGUCCGUGAUAGUGCAGAUAAUACACAUGGGUACUUGAUUGAUGGAGAACGAGAAGCAGAACAUUUUUUAAAACAAUACUGGCUAGGUAAUAUUGCUGAUCAUGUAACUCGAAAGCGAACAGAGGAUGAGCUUUUACGAGUGCGAACUAUAAUUAAAAUGUUGAAAGAAAUAGCACCAAAUCUUAUAAAAUUUGAAAACUUUUUAAAAGAGUACCGUCGUCAUAUACAAGAUGUUGCCAAAGAAGUAAAAAACAGCCCCACAACGGCAGAAGACUUGAAAUAUUUGAAACAAGCAGUCAUAGAUCUCGAAAAGCAUCAUGCACAAUUCUCUUUAGCAGAGAAACAAUCUAAAUCUAAAUCUUUGGAUGAUUUCAAUGUUAAAUUUCUUAGCGAAAAGCAAAAUCUUGACGAAGAAGAAAUAAAAUUUUCUUCAGAGGAAUUUAAGCCCAUUGUUAUUCAUGAAGAUGCUGAAGAAGUUGACAAUGGCAUUCUUCAUAAUUUGCAAACAUUGAUUUGGAGCAUGAUUAAUCUUUUGCUAACAAUAAUUUGGAGCAUUUUUUACAUUUUGCCAAAAUUGAUUUUGGGCAUUCUUUAUGUUUUGAAAAAAUUGAUUUGGUGUAUUCUUUAUGUUUUGCAAACACUGAUUUUGGGUAUUCUUUAUCCUUUGCAAAUGUUGACUGGAGCACUAAGGUCUUCUCAUUAA